UCACCGGGCUUUGUUUACAUUUUUCGACUACUGGCACCGGCAAGUGCAAGUUGCGCAGUGUUUUGUUGCAAAAAUAGCAAAAACAUAACUUACGGGCGAUAAACCAAACAGAACCAAAGUGUAAAUUCAUCAAAACAGUGAUUUAGAACGUAAUUCAUUGCAUUUAUUCUCCAGCAAACCAUGAACAACCAUAGGCCACCGAGUUAUCCACCGCCUCGUGCGAAUCCUUUUGUGCCUCGGGGAACUGCACCAUCCGGAGCCUCGGGAAAUGUCCCCAGCAGUGCAGGAUUCACAAUGCCAAACUUUAACUUUCCACCACCGAACAUUCCGCCUACGUUGACGAGACCGCCACCAGCGGCACCGUACUACUCUCAUGAUCGUUCUGACAAGGGCCAUGCCAGUAGCAGCCAGCAUCAUUCUUCCACACCGCACCACACGUACAAACGUCAUACACCGCGCAACCCGGGUGGAACACAUUUCCCUUCCCAAGGAAGACGCAGCGAAACAUCGUCCAGCUCGACGGGAUCCCAUUCCGGUGGUUCCUAUAAACAUUCGGCCAGUCGUGCAUAUUCACCGUCGGGCCAGAAAACUACAUCAUACUCACGUUCUUCGGCAUCUCGAUAUGGGUCGGGCGGAAGAUCACAUUCCGUGCCCACCAGUUCGGAUCGGUUGGGUCGAACACGCACGGAUCGGUCAGCUUCGUGCAGGCGAGAUUCAGACAAAUCUUCCUCCUCUGAACGGAGCAGUUCUCGUCACUCACGGUUCAAAGUGGACACGGAGCGUGCCGAAAUCCUUUCGAAAUGGUGCCGCAACUAUUGUGAAACAUCCGAAGAUAUUGCACGCAAACUUGCCGAAAUGGCCAACGACGAAGAUCGCACCCUGUGGGUACGUUCAUCACCCGCCGAGCUAUACUACAAGCGUGUUUCGGAAAAGGUGGUCGAAUCGACGGUUCGACUUGAUGCACUGUGUACGCUGUUCGAGGAGGAACUAAUCCAUCGUGCCGAACGGAUUCGUGCGACACAAAAACCGUACAAUCCGCCACCCCGCAAGCGCAAGAUGAAAAUGUGUCGCCACAAGCACGACAAAUGUUCGUCCUCGUCGGAAUCCUCCGACGAAGAGAUCGAGUUCGAGGAUGAGUGCAGCAUGGAGGAACUGACGGCAAAGAUUAAGCAUCCGCUUCGGCUGCAUGUGGAUCUGUGGUACAACGAUCCGGGCGAGAUGAACGAUGGACCGUUGUGCCGGUGUUCGGCACGUUCGCGGCGGACCGGCAUACGGCAUGGGAAAUAUCCGGGUGAAGAACGUUUCUCAAAGUGCAUUCCCAAUUCGAACAAUGCGGAUAAAUUGCAUCAUUAUCGCAUUACUAUCUCUCCGCCGACAAAUUUCCUCACGAAAACGCCCACAAUCAUCAAGCACGAUCAGCACGAGUUUCUCUUCGAAGGGUUCUCACUGUUGUCCCAUGAACCGAUCGGUGAGCUACCAACGUGUAAGGUUAUUCGCUUCAACAUCGAGUACACGAUCCUCUACAUCGAGGAGCAGAUGCCGGAAAACUUUACCAUUCGCGAGCUAAACCUAUUCGAUCGGUAUCUAUUCCGUGAGCUGCUUGAACUGGUCGACUUUACCGUACAGCCGUCCGGUUCUGGGGAGGAAAGUUGCUGCCCGUGCUAUCACUUUCUACCACGCUUUGUGCGCGAUCUGCCCGACAACGGGAAGGAAGUGCUCGCGAUGAGCGAAGUGUUGCGCUAUCUGUUGGAUAAUUCCGGCCCACUCGUACCACCGGACAUGCUGAAGGAGAUGAUGGAUAUGAGCCAGAACGAGUGGCAAGAUUAUGUCGACUACGUGAAGGGUAUGGUCGUAACAAAUCCGGGCAUGAAACCAUGCUCGGUACGGGUCGAUCAGUUGGACAGGAACGUGGGCGACGUGCCGGAAGCAACUGCAAUCGAUGAUCAAGGUCUAGUGCAUCCCGUGAUCGUACACUUUGGCAUUAGACCGCCCCAGCUGAGUUACGCCGGCAAUCCUGAGUACCAGAAGGCGUGGCGUGAGUACAUAAAGUUUCGCCACCUGAUUGCCAACAUGUCGAAACCUUCGUUCGAGGACAAGCGCAAACUGGAGACGAAAGAGAACCGAUUGCUGGAGAUGCGAAUGCAGGGACGGAUGAAGCGUAACAUCACGAUCGCGGUCAGUGCGAAAUCGUUCCACCGGACGGGCAUUAUGUGCGAUAUGGUGCAGCAUGCGAUGUUGAUACCGGUGCUGACCGGUCACCUUCGGUUUCAUCGUUCGUUGAACGUGCUCGAACAGUACAUUGGGUACACGUUUACGAACCGUUACACGCUGCAGCUUGCCCUCACACACCCAUCGUAUAAGGAGAACUUUGGCACGAAUCCUGAUCACGCGCGAAAUAGUCUUACGAACUGUGGCAUACGGCAGCCGGAGUACGGUGAUCGUAAGAUACACUACAUGAACACGCGCAAGCGUGGCAUCAACACGCUGAUCAGCAUUAUGUCCCGGUUCGGCAAGGAGCACGAAACGGACAGCAACAUUACGCACAACGAGCGGCUCGAGUUUCUUGGCGAUGCGGUCGUAGAGUUCAUUACCUCGAUCCAUCUGUUUCACAUGUUUCCGGAUCUGGAGGAAGGUGGACUGGCAACGUAUCGGGCAGCCAUUGUGCAGAAUCAACAUUUGGCGGUGCUGGCAAAGAAACUACAUCUGGAAGAGUUUAUGCUGUACGCACAUGGGUCCGAUUUGUGUCACGAGCUGGAGCUACGUCACGCGCUGGCGAAUUGUUUUGAGGCACUAAUGGGAGCGCUUCUGCUCGACGGUGGUAUUGAGGUGGCGGACCGUGUAUUUGCGUACGCUCUCUUCCAGGAGGAUGACACGUUGCGCGGUAUAUGGGUAAACUAUCCGUCACAUCCGUUGCAGGAACAGGAACCGCUCGGCGAUCGGCAUCAUAUUGGAUCGUUCGAGAUGCUGAAAACGUUGACACGCUUCGAAGAUUCCAUCGGCGUUCAGUUUAACCACAUCCGACUGUUGGCAAGAGCGUUUACCGACCGUUCGAUUGGGUUCACAAAUCUUACGCUCGGUUCUAACCAGCGGCUCGAAUUUCUGGGCGAUACGGUACUGCAGCUGAUCUGCUCCGAGUAUCUGUAUCGUCACUUUCCCGAGCAUCACGAGGGUCAUCUUUCGCUGUUGCGAAGUUCGCUCGUAAACAAUCGUACGCAGGCGGUCGUUUGUGACGAUCUCGGCAUGACACAGUACGCCGUCUACUCGAACCCAAAGGCGGACCUUAAGACGAAGGAUCGGGCCGAUUUGCUCGAAGCCUUUCUCGGCGCACUGUACGUGGACAAGGGGCUCGAGUACUGCGAGAUGUUUUGUCACGUGUGUUUGUUCCCGCGGCUGCAGGACUUUAUCAUGAACCAGGACUGGAACGAUCCCAAGUCGAAGCUGCAGCAGUGCUGUCUUACGCUGCGUACGAUGGAUGGCGGUGAGCCGGACAUUCCCGUGUACAAGGUGAUCGAAUGUACCGGACCAACGAAUACGCGCGUUUACUCCGUUGCGGUGUACUUCCGCGGCAAACGAUUGGCAUGCGCGGAUGGGCAUAGCAUUCAGCAGGCGGAGAUGAACGCAGCGAAACAGGCGUUAGAAAAUUCGAAAGAUUUAUUCCCGCAGCUCGAUCAUCAGCGUCGGGUCAUUGCGCAAAGUCUCAAGCGACAGAAAGUUCCACGAGCUGGCGGUGGGUCGGCGGGAGGAGGUGGCCGGAGCGGUACCGGGGGUGGUGGAUCUUCCGGACCAAACGGUGAGCAAGAUUUGCCCGGAGAGGAUGAACUGGAGGAAGAUGAAAUGAUGCAAAGCAUUGCCGAUCAGCAACCGGAAGGAUUGGCAGCGAAACGGAAGCGUGAACAAAAGAAUGCUUCCGUGUUUUUGCCGGAAUCAGCUCGGCUUCCCAAGCAGUACCAGAUACAUCGACGGUCGCGAUCUAAUAGUAGUAGCAGUAAUAACAGCACCAGCAGCAGUAGCAGCGAUAGCAGCAAUGGAAGUCGACCUAAAAGUAAUCCAAAAAUCGUCAGUAAUGUCGCUGCCGGUGACGUCAGUUCUGGCACCGAAGAACGGGUGAAUGCGGAAGUGCCACCGAAUGUGGUAGAUGAUAAUGAAAGUACGGUAGUGGAGGAGCAAGCUAUUGAGGAAGCGGAACCACUGAUGACGGUAGAAGAGGAACCGAUUCAGACCAAGUUGGAAACGCUGGACGAGUGCGAGUAUAGCUCCGUGUCGGAUGAUGAAGAUUUGGGCCUGGACGAUAUUUCCGACGGUGAGGAACAGUUUUCUGCUGAUGUGGUGAACAAAACGGCCGAGGAUAUAGCAGAAGAUAUUAAACCCUGCGUUGAAGCUCUUCCCGUAACUGAGGAUCAGAUUAAGGAGGAAAAAUUAGACCCUCCGGAAGGAGCCGGUAGUGGGAAUGGAGGCAUUACUGCAGGCUAUGUUAGUUUACUGCAGGAGUAUCAGAUUAAGGUGGAAGGAACGGAUGAACUAUCUGAUUUGGAAGCGGGAGAAAUCGAUGAAACGGAAACAAUGGAAUAGUAGCGGGAUAGGGAAGAGAAAAUCUAACAUCUAUAUGAAUUAUUACCAAGUAAGAGUUGAUGUACGAAUUACCCAGUGCUAGAAAAGUAUAUAAAUCAUUGAAGAUACUUAGAUACUCAUAUUAAAGAUAUCAUUCUAUCGAUACGCAGAGAAA